AUGGCAUCUUCGACUGCAGAGUUUUGGUCUAAGGCGGACAACUACGUGAUGACCACGGGAGUCCCUUUCUCUCCUGUCGUCAUCUCCAAAGCCCUGGGAACGCGCCUCUACGAUGCAGAUGGCAAGCAAAUUCUCGACUUCACUUCGGGGCAAAUGAGUUCCCUCCUAGGCCACUCCCACCCCGAGGUUGUCGAGGUGGUCAAGCACUAUGUCUCUGAGUUGGACCAUCUCCUCAGCAACAUGAUCACGCACCCUGUCGUGAACCUGGCUCAGAGAUUGGCCAAGUUCUUACCCAUGCCCUUGAAGAAGUCUUUCUUCCUCAACACUGGCUCCGAGUCAACCGAGGCUGCUAUCAAAAUUGCCAAGUGCUAUACGGGCAAGUUUGAAAUUGUUGCCUUCUCAGCUAGCUACCAUGGGUUGACUCAAGGCUCUGGCUCCGCUACCUAUUCGGCUGGUCGCAAGCGUGGUGGCCCUUCUAUGCCAGGAUCGUUGGCCUUCCCUGCACCAUACGGUUACCGUUCUCCGUUCCGAAAGCCCGACGGCUCAUGGGACUGGGAGACUGAGAUGGACUUUGGCUGGUCCCUGAUUGAUCGCCAGAGCGUCGGGUCUCUUGCAGCCUUCAUCAUGGAGCCCAUCCUCUCCACUGGUGGUAUUCUCGACCUGCCAAAGGGCUACUUGAAGCGCAUGCAGGAUGAGUGCAGAAAGCGCGACAUGUUGGUCAUCAUGGAUGAAGCCCAAACUGGAGUUGGGCGAACUGGCAAGAUGUUUGCCUUUGAACAUGAGGAGGGUGUCGUCCCCGAUAUCCUGGCUCUCUCCAAAACGCUAGGAUGCGGUCUUCCCCUGGCUUCGGUCAGCACUACGGCUGAGAUUGAGCGUGGGUGCAAGGAGGCUGGCUUUCUCUGGCUCACCACUCAUCUCAACGAUCCUCUCACCGCCGCCGUUGGUGAUAAGGUUCUUGAGAUCGUCGAGCGCGACAACAUUUGCCAAAAGGCGAACGAGCGAGGCCAGCAGCUUCGAGCUGGUCUUGAAAAACUUCAGCAGAAGUACUGGUGUAUCGGGGAUCUCCGAGGUCGAGGGCUGUUGCAGGGUAUUGAGAUCAUUGCCGAUCCCAAGACAAAGGCUCCGGGAGCUGAUCUGGGCCAGGCUGUUUCCGACAAAGCCAUGGAACUAGGGCUAUCCUGUAACGUCGUCAACUUGCCUGGAAUGGGCGGUGUAUUCCGUCUAGCCCCCGCUGUCACGGUGACAGCUGAGGAGAUUGAGCAGGGUUUAGAGAUUCUGGAUAAGUCUUUUAGUUCGGUCUUGGAGUCACGUGGCCAGAUGACGGCCGCUGCUUGA